AUGGCGACUUCUCCUGCCGGGCGCAUGCUAUCCCGUCAGCUGCAGCAGAUGCAGUCCGAUAAGGACAUUCCUGGCAUCAGUUGCGGGCUUGUCGAUAAUAACGUCUUUGAAUGGGAGGUCAUGCUCAUGAUUUCGGAUGACGUGAAGUUGUAUGGAGGUGGAUUCUUCCGAGCUCGUCUUUCUUUCCCAAGUGAAUACCCUCAUAUGCCACCGAAGAUGAAGUUUGAGUCUCCAAUCUUCCACCCGAACAUUUAUGAGAAUGGUGAGGUCUGCAUCUCUAUUCUGCAUCCUCCCGAGGAGGACAAAUAUGGGUACGAAUCGGCUGCAGAGCGCUGGUCUCCUGUGCAGACGCCGGAGACCAUCUUGCUGUCCGUGAUUUCCAUGCUGUCUACCCCGAACGACGAAAGCCCGGCCAACGUCGAGGCUGCGCGGCUGUGGCGUGAGGACCCUGCGGAGUUCAAGAAGCGUGUCCGCCGGUGUGUCCGUUUGACGACGGAGUAA